AUGGCCAAUAUCGCAGCCCUCGAACAGCAAUUGCUGGAAGCAGAAGCCAAGCAAGUGGAGUUCCUGCACAGUGCAAGGGAGCGCCUGGCAAAGGCGGCCGGUGUGCUGCGAGAAACCGCUGCGCGGUACACAGCAUGGCAGCGUACACGACAGCGGCUCCACCUCAAACGACAGCAGCUUCGCACCGAGUUAUUACAGGCUCAGCAGGAACUGCGGUCCAAGUGCGACAAGCUUGGCAUCAGCGGCACACCAUUGCAGUCCAGGGGCUGUCAGGAUGGGCAAGCGCUGGCAAGCUGGAUACAGAACACGCUCCAACCAACCACGCUUGCGUUCUCCAGCACACCGGCUGCAGCAAUAGCGAAGUCGCAAGGAGACGAGUGGGACACUGCACUCCAGUCAAGCACGGCAGGCUUGCUGGAGGAGACACGCACGGCCCUGACAAAGGCGGAAGAAGAGCAAAGGCGACUGCAUCAAGACCCACACAUCGCUGAGAUGGCCCGCUCUCUCGACACAGAGCUGAGCACCCUUCAAUCACAAGGCAAACAAAACAUACCUGUGGCCGAGCUGCGUAAGAAGGCCCUGACGCCUGAUCAACGCGAAAGGCUUGUGGAGCAAGAGCGACAGCUGGAGUUGGAGCUCAAUGCGUUCCUCAUUGCCGUCCUCGGUUCCGACGAGGAUGACGAUGACGACGGGGAAGAAAGAAGAAAGAGCAAGCAAGACAGUUUCGGCGGCAACGCUGGGCGUCCUGCCACAAGUUGCUCUCGCUCAACACCACACCGUUACCACCACAAGCAUCAUCACCGCGAGCAGUCGCGCCACUUUCACCACCCACGCGUUUACGAACACGACUCCCCUCUUUCCUCAUCGUCAUCUUCCCUUGACCACAUGCACAUCCACUCGCUCCUAAACAGUUCUUGA